AUGCUCCCGGGGCUGGCCCGCCUUGCCUUCUGCCUUGCAUGGCUGCUCCUGCCUCCCAGCUCCGCAUCCCCUUGCCUGGAGCAGUGCAGAUGUUACCUGAACACCUUGCUCUGCCUGGAGCCAGACAGCAUCCAGAGCCUGUCGCAGCUGCGGAGCCUGGAGAACUUCACCGAAGUAGUAAUUGAAAACCAGAUGAGCCUGACCAACUUGACCCUGGACGACAUAAAAAACCCACGAGAACUGAAGAACCUGACCAUUUCUAAGACCCAGCUGCAGUUCAUUGCACCCAAUGCAUUCCAAACCAGCCCAAACCUGAUCUACGUGAACCUGGCCUUCAACCAACUGCAGCGCCUGCCCUGGAUGGUCUUCCGCCACCUCCGCCUCCAGGAGUUGGUCCUGGUGGGGAACCCCCUUCGGUGCGGCUGUGGGCUGCUGUGGCUGCAGGUGUGGCAGGAGAGCCGGCCGGCCGAGCUGGGCAACCAGUCACUGACCUGCCUGGAGGGCCAGGCCGAAAUCCCCCUGGCCGGCAUGAGGGUCCCGGGCUGUGACUCCCCCCGGGUGUGGAUCGAGCACCCCAACGCCUCCGUGCAAGAGGGCGAGAGCCUCGACCUGACCUGCCACUUCACGGGACAGCCCCAGCCCACGGUGCAGUGGCGCGUGCCAGACGUCGGGCCUGACCCUCCCCUCGUCACUCAGUCAGAUGGGGAGCUGGUGCUGCGGAUCCAGAACGCCUCAUCCAGCUUCAACCUCCGAGACCUCAUCUGCCAGGCAGAGAACGAAGCCGGGUUCGGCCAGGAUGUGGUGCAGCUGGACGUGAGGUUUCCUGCCGUGAUCAGGUGCGUGGACAAAGCAGUCAACUACCACCACUGGUGCAUCCCUUUCUCCGUGGACGGCAACCCCACCCCCAGCAUCUCCUGGCAGUUUGGCAGCAGCGACCUGAAUGAGACGGACUACGUCCGCACCGUCCUCAUACCGGACCCCUACCAGAACUCCACGACCGUGCACGGCUGCCUGAGCCUCAACAGGCCCACCCACAUCUGGAACGGAAACUACACGCUGACGGUGCGCAACCCCCUGGGCACCGAUUCCCUGACCACCUCUCAACACUUCAUGGACGUUCCAGAGAGCUUCAACCCAGAGGACCCCAUCAUGGUGUCGCUGCCCCCGACCAGUGACCGGAAUAGCACUCUGGGAGGACCCGUGGAGACUCCGGAGGAGCACACCUUUGGGAUCUCCGUGGCGGUGGUGCUGGCGGUGUGCGCCUGCAUCUUCCUGUCCAUCCUGCUCAUCGUGCUCAACAAGUGUGGCCGGCCCUCCAAGUUCGGCUUGAACCGGUCGGCUGUGCUGGCGCAGGAGGAGGAGCUGGCCAUGUCCCUGCAGUUCAUGAACCUGGGCAGCAGCCCCCUCUCCUCGGCAGAGAGCAAACUGGACGCCCUCAAGACCAACUUCAUCGAGAACCCGCAGUACUUCUGCAGUGCGUGUGUUCGCCACAUCAAGCGCCGAGACAUCAUCCUGAAAUGGGAGCUGGGAGAAGGGGCCUUUGGCAAAGUCUUCCUGGCCGAGUGCUACAACCUUAGUCCCACACAGGAGAAGAUGCUGGUGGCUGUCAAGACCCUGAAGGAAGCGACGGAGAGUGCCCGGCUGGACUUCCAGCGGGAGGCCGAGCUGCUGACGGUGCUGCAGCACGAGCACAUCGUCAAGUUCUACGGCGUCUGCACAGAACGGGAGCCGCUCAUCAUGGUCUUCGAGUACAUGAAGCACGGAGACCUCAACCGCUUCCUCAGGUCCCACGGGCCGGACGCCAAGAUCCUGGACAACAACGGCAGCGGCCAGUCCUUCGGCCAGCUGAACCUCAGCCAGAUGCUGCAGAUCGCCACCCAGAUCGCCUCGGGGAUGGUGUACCUGGCCUCGCUCCACUUCGUCCACCGGGACCUGGCCACCCGCAACUGCUUGGUGGGGCUCGGCCUGGUGGUGAAGAUCGGGGACUUUGGCAUGUCCCGAGACAUCUACAGCACCGACUAUUACCGGGUCGGUGGCCGGACCAUGCUGCCCAUCCGCUGGAUGCCCCCAGAGAGCAUCCUCUACCGGAAGUUCACCACUGAGAGUGACAUCUGGAGCUUCGGGGUGGUGCUGUGGGAGAUUUUCACCUACGGGAAGCAGCCGUGGUACCAGCUCUCCAAUACUGAGGCCAUUGAAUGCAUCACCCAGGGCCGGGAGCUGGAGAGACCCCGGACCUGCCCCUCGGAGGUCUACGACAUCAUGCAAAGCUGCUGGCAGAGAGAACCGCAACAGCGGCAGACGAUGAAGAACAUCCACAGCCGCCUGCAGGCCCUGGCCCGGGCCCCUCCCGUCUACCUGGAUAUCCUCAGCUAA